AAACAUAUUUCAUUGUCAUUAGCAAGAUGUUGCGCGUUCCUUGCGGCACCCUCUGCACCGUGCGUCGCUCGACGCCGGUCCACAAGCUUGCUCCUUGCCUGCCGCGGUGCCAAAGGCGUAGCGCUGUCUCCAUAAGUGCGUCCGCGGAGCCCCAAGCUCCAUCUAAGCCAGCUUCUAAGUCUCCAGUGGAGUAUGUGGACGACAACGAGUUCAAUAUCUCCAAGGUGUCAUUCGGCUCCAUCCUGACACCCAUCGGCCUCGGCCUGCUCGUCUGGGGCUUCGGCGCCUACACGACGCUCCUUCCGGGAGCUGACCUUUCGUCUCUUUUCCUGAUCUACGGCUUCCCGAUCAGCUUACUGGGAUUCGCGCUUAGCUAUGCGCAGCUCCGCCCUGUUCCCUGCAAGACCACGAAGGAGGCCUUUGCGCUGCGGGACAGCCAGAUGACAGACAUCCAGAAGCAGAUCCGCGAGGACGUGACCCGCUUCAGGUACGGAGACGAGCAGCACCUGGAGGAGGCGCUGGACCGCAUCUUCAAACCCAACCGCCCGGGGGGUAUCGCACGCAAGCUGCUGCCGGUGCUCACGGGCAUUCGCGAGGAGGUGAGCGAGGAGGGCGCCUACACGCUGGUGCUCGAGUUCUCCAGCAGUCUUGAUACGGACAAGUGGGAGGUCUUCCGGCCCAAGAUCCAGUCCUUCUUCGGACCCGGCAUUGUGGCCGCCCUCGCCAAGACGGAGGCCGGCAUGGAUGUGGCGCUGGUGUGCGACGGCAGCGGCGCGGGGCGCACCGGGAAGGACAAGAAGGACGUGUUGCCGCCGCUCAUGCCGGGACUCAAGGCGCGGCAGCAGGAGUGA